AUGGGAAGACCACCUUGCUGUGAUAAAAUUGGUGUUAAGAAAGGGCCAUGGACUCCUGAGGAAGACAUCAUCUUGGUUUCAUACAUUCAAGAACAUGGUACUGGAAAUUGGAGAGCUGUUCCUACCAAUACUGGUUUGCUUAGAUGCAGUAAGAGUUGCAGGCUGAGAUGGACUAAUUAUCUCCGGCCUGGGAUCAAGCGUGGUAACUUCACCGACCAUGAGGAGAAGAUGAUUAUACACCUUCAAGCACUUCUUGGCAACCGAUGGGCUGCCAUAGCUUCAUACCUUCCGCAACGAACCGACAAUGAUAUCAAGAAUUAUUGGAACACUCAUUUGAAAAAGAAGCUGAAGAAACGACAAGGGGAUGAUGAACCAAACCAAGAAGGGAGGUCAGUUUCUCAAUCAAUUCCAAAAGGCCAGUGGGAGAGGAGGCUUCAAACGGAUAUUCACAUGGCCAAACAAGCCCUAUGUGAAGCCUUGUCCUUAGACAAAUGGAACACAAGUUCGCCUGAUUCAAAGCCCUUUCCAAUAAACCUUUCAGAAACUAAACCAAUUCAAACAUCAACAUAUGCUUCGAGUACUGAAAAUAUUGCGCGUUUGCUUCAAAACUGGACGAAAAAAUCUCCAAAUUCCUCCCAAGACGGUUCGUCUGAGAGUACUACGCAAAAUUCCUUCAAUAACCGUUCAAUUGGGACAAGUUCCAGUCCUAGUGAUGGGACAAUUAGUGCCGCAACACCGGAGGGAUUUGACUCAUUUAUUGGCUUCAACUCUUCCAACUCCGAUGUUUCUCAAUCUGAGGGCGAACUCAAAUUUACUGCUGCAAAUUUCACACCAGAGACUGGGAUUUUACAGGAGGAGAGCAAGACAAAUUUAGACAUCCAAAUGCCCCUUACUUUGCUGGAAAACUGGCUCUUUGAUGAUGCUUCUGCGGAAGGACCGGAAGGAUACCUAAUGGACAUGUCUUUGGGGGAAACUGCUGAUUUGUUUUGA